AUGAACCUGUCAGACGCACUAGACGAUACCUUUUCUGCAACUGUGCAGUCGGAAGAUGAACUGGAUUACGCAUCUGCAACACUCGUUUUAGCUGGAUUAUUACAAAUUCAUUCCCGCACACCUCGUUAUGCAUUUCAUCAGGCGCGGUUAGAUUCAUUUCCAAAAAUAAUUCAUUCGAAGGAUUCUGCGAAUGGUUCAACAAUUUGCCGGUCAAAGUCUCCAGUUCCAUCUCCUUCUGAGCUGGCUUCGGCAGGCUUUUUUCACACUGGUUCUGGAGACGAAACUAUUUGCCCUGCUUGUGGUUUGGGGCUGCGUGAUUGGCAGGCCACAGAUCAACCUGAAGCGUGUCAUAUCGCAUAUUCGGCUGCCGCAACAGCUGCCAUAGAAAUGGGUUCGGGUGACGGACAUUAUCGUUCACCUAUCCCAACUAUACCAUGUCUUUAUCUUAUUGUCCAUCGUCUUCUUGUUUCCGAAAUUCCUCUUGCUCGUAAGUCUUUGGUUCCGGUUGGACAAACGCAAUCUGUCCGAGGUCUUCCUGGAGUAAUUUCUCGGCCUGUAGUACAUUUCACUGACCAAUCUUCUCAAAACUCAUCUUGUGAAUAUCCAUCUUUGGCAGAUAGGCUAUAUGCGAUAGCUCAUAUAAUGACUGCGUCUCCAGCUCCUCAAGGAUGGCCAGUAGAAAAUGCACGUGCUCUGGGUCAUUCAGAUGAUUUAAUUGUUCUUGCAUUGUGGCGUUUGCAAGCGGAAGCUGCUGGGAUGGGGCUGGCCUGUCCACCAAUAAAGUCAAUCUAUAUUGAUCCUCAAGCUACAACAGAGCUAUUAAAAGCUAUUUUAAGAGUUCAAGAAGGUUAUGAUAUAUCUUCCAGGAACAAUCUUGAAUUCUAUCUGGAUGCCUUUGACGAGGAAGAAGUACAUUCCACCGGUGAAGCACUAAGUGAAGGGAAUGAAGGUGACAUCACGGCGGAAGAUGCAGAAACAGCAGCUUUAUCACAAUGUCGUCGAUAUUUGCGACCACCACAACAACAAUUUAGUGACCCAACUUCAUCUCCCCGUUCAGUUGAAUCAUAUGGAUUACAAAUGAAAAAGAUCCAUCUUCCUCGCUUUUAUCAGUUUCUCGUUUGGUGGUCUCAUCGUUGGCCUGCGACUCAUUCUCUGAAAUAA